AUCUGACUGUGGAGCUAUUGUGUGCUAUCAUGGCAAAACGUGCUAAAAUGGUAUGUAAAAAUAACACUUCGUUCUCAUUUUUUCGCCGUGGAAAGAUUAAUGUUUCUGGUACACUCUGAAAGUCUCAUAUUCACUUAACUGUUCGGUACAAGUCGAAUUUAUCAAAUUGUUAAAUUGGUCGCUUUGAGUUUGGUUGGACAUGCCAUAUAAGGUAAACACGGGAAUUUAUUCAUAGAGGUUCGAGUUCAUGUUUGGAGAAAGUGGUUGUGUAUAGCUCUUUUUAACUUCAAAUACGUCUGGUUUACAAACGAGUUUCCUUCUGAUUGGUCUUUAGCAAAUUCGAGUUAGUUUUUGUAGUGUUUGAAGUGUGAAAGUUAUGAUUAUAAGAUGCACAUUAGUCGAGCGCUUAGUUAAUAGUGAACUGAAUAAAUAAUGAGUUCAGAAAAGGGACGUGAAAUUGGAACAAAAAAGAAAUUCAACAGUCCUCUUAUGGGUAAGCAUAAGCAAAAAAAGUGGAUUUUUCCUCGACUUGAGACAAAUUUAAAAGAGUUAAAUGGGCAUGGUAUGAAGGGAAAGAAUAGAGCAAAAAGUUCCCGUCUUAAAUUUCAAAUGGGCGGAGACUGUAGUGAUCCAUUGAAUUUGAAAAGCCUUAUCAACAGAGAUCCUUCAGAGAGAACACCCUCUUGCUCACCUUGCAUUGAUCGUGAAAAAGAGUUGUCACCUCAAGUCAUCAUAGCCAAAGACAUAACAGACCCUUUGAAUCUGAAAGGUGAUUUAGGUCAGGAUGAUUUUGUUGUGGUGCUGAAACAUCAAAAGAAAAAGAAGAAUAAACGAAAGAGAGCGGACAGUAGUUGUUUUGAUGAUGAGCGCGAAAAUCAAAAGGAGGAAGGAAAUGCUGUAAUCAAAGAGGAAAAAGGUGAUGUUUCCCCAAAGUGUAAGAAGAAGAGACUUCAAAAUGGCAAGGAAGGCAAAAGUAAAGGGAAAAAGAAGAAAUUGAAGAUGGAAGAGUCCAAAGUCAGUUCAUCUUUUGAUACUGAUGAAACUGAAAAUAAUACUAAUGCCAAGGGUGAUGCAACUGUGAAAAAUUGUCAGGAAAUUGUCAAAAAUGAUACAUUUUUGGAAAAGGAAGACAGUGAUCAUUUCAAACCAGAAGAAAAAACAGAGAAACUAUCUUCCUUAAAUGAUAUGCAAAAACCUAACACUAUUGUCAAAAGUUAUCAUAAACAAGUGAACACAGAGCAACAAACAGAUAUAAGAAAACCAAAAUCCAAAAAGGUUUUUCUUUAUGGUAACUACAAUCAUUAUUAUGGUUAUCGCAAUCCUCAAAUUCCUAAUGACACUAGGGUGAAGUUGUUUCAUCAUGAGUGGUUUAAAGAGAAAGUUGUUUUGGACAUUGGCUGCAAUACUGGUCAGAUUACCAUGGAUGUAGCAAGAAACCUUUCUCCAAAACAUAUUUUGGGUAUAGACAUUGAUAGUUCAUUGAUUAAAACUGCAAACAGGCUACUUAGGGUACCAUCCAAGAUGAAUUCAGAAAGAACAGCCAGUGCAUACUUUCCAAUGUCCUUUAUGAUGUGUCAUGGUCCUAUUGUUGCAAGAACAUCUCCAACUGAUGGUUCGACUGGUUUUCCCUACAAUAUACAGUUCAAAGAGGAAAAUUUCGUUCCCGCGCACGACCAAGUUUUGGCAAAACAAAAACCUACCUAUGACGUAAUACUUUGCCUAAGCAUAACAAAAUGGAUUCAUUUGAACUGGGGUGACGAGGGAUUGAAGAGGACAUUCAAACGCAUUUAUUUACUUCUUAAUCCCGAAGGACGGCUUGUGUUGGAAGCUCAACCGUACAAAUCGUAUGCAAGAAGAAAAAAUCUCAGCGAGAAAAUAAGAAGGAAUUAUGAUUCCAUUCGAUUCAAACCGGAUCAAUUUGUGAAUUAUUUAAUGUCAAAAGAAGUGGGAUUUGCCACUUACGAGUCAUUGGGUGUGCCAGAGAGUAAUUCCAAAGGAUUUCAGAGGCCCGUUUACGUAUUUACGAAGUCAAAAGGAAAGGUAUUCACUGAAAAUUGAAUUGUUUCAAGAUUCUUUUUGUAAACAUGAAUCAGCUGAUAAAGUUGGAGCAUAAUCGAUGCAAGCGCUGUAAAAGCCGUGGAUAGAAACAUAUUAGCUCGCUGCCAUUUUAUUUUUCAAUGCUUGUCUCGAAAGAAUUGUAAAAUGACUGCGCGAGGCUACUUGAACUUGAAGCUUUUCAUCUUACAAAAGAAUUUGACCAUCAGAGAACUGCGUUAGCAUUCGCGUUUAUGAUAUAGUGUAAGUAACUUUUUGACAGAAGAUACAACAUCGGAGAUAAAGAUCAUUUUUAAACUUUUUUAUAUUAACAUAUUAAACAAAUAUUACGUUUUGAA